UGCGGUGUGUGCGCGCGAGGGCUGUCCCAGCGAGCGGGUCUGGUGAAGCCUGAUCGGCUAGCUCUCAGGCGCGCCUGAGGGAGCCCAGCGGUGGCCUGUGGUCUGCUUCGUACCGGGGUGCAGCGUGCCGACGGCAAAGAUGCCGACCUCGGAGCUGGACGAGACCAGCUGGAGCGUGGACGACCUCUGCGAGGGCGAAUUCGACGCGCGCGCUACCUUUCUCGUGCGCGACUCGCCGACCGGCACCGACGUGCCCGAUCGGGCGCGCGCCUCGCGGCCCAAGAACGUCAUCAUUAAAGACGGGGUUCCCGGGGUACGGGCCAAGAUUGGUCUUCCAAAGGGCACCCGCUUCGGGCCUCUGGUGGGCGAAGCGCUCCAGAGGCACGAGGUGUCACCGACGGCAAUCAAGAAAUAUUUCUGGAGGGAUUUCUGUCCGCUCUACUACCCUCACCGCUGGGAAAGCAUCGCAAGACAUCAGGUGUACACCUCCAAGGACGACUAUUACUUUCUGGACGCUUGCGACACCAGAAAGUCGAACUGGAUGCGAUACGUGAACCCGGCGUUCUCGCCCGACUCGCAGAACUUAGUGGCGUGUCAACACGAGCAAAACAUUUACUUCUACACGAUCCGCGACAUUCAGCCGGGCGAGGAGAUGAUGGUGUGGUACUGCCGCGAGUUUGCUCAGCGGCUGAACUACCCCGUGUCUGGAUCGCUAAUGCUCGACCAGAUCCAGCAACGCGUCAAGGUGGACCAGCCUUGCGAGCAGACGAGGCCCGAGGUCAAGCUGGAGCCGGCGGCGCCAGAGCGGGCCGAGUACGCGGCGCACACACAGAUCUCGCCAGUGCGCUCGGACGAGGGCUACCUGAGCCACGAGUACCAGGACGACUCGCCACCGCACGAGCCCAGCAGCGACGAGGAGGCCGAUAACAACUACGUGCUGGACUUCAGCAAGACGAGCAAGCGGAGGCGCGACGAGGACGACUCGCGCAACGAGUUCCGCAAGGUCAAGAUCAAGAUGUCCAAGGCGUACCACAUCAAGUCGCAGAACGAGGCGGAGCGGCGCCGCCAGGACUCGUCAUCAGCCGAGCCGCACGAGGAGGUAGCGUCGGCGCUGUCACGGCCCGCCGCCGCCGCCGCCUUCAGCCCGCCGCUGGCGAGUCCGCGGCACGCGCCCGAGCCGCGUCCGUCGAGCCCGGCGGCGGCGAGCCCGCGGCUGGCCGAGGCGCGCCCCUCCAGCCCCUGCACGCCGCCCACCUACCACGUGCUGAGCGCACCGGCGCCGCCGCCACCGCCGCCGCCGACGGUGCCGGCGGCACCGCAGCAGUCGCACGUCAGCGGCGGCAGCGAGCGUGUGCCCGACCAGAGCUGGGUGUCGGAGGCGUACCGGGCGCCAUUCUUCCGCGAGCGGCGAGCGGCGCGCUCGCCGGGCGCCGACUCGCCGUACCAGCCGGUCUCGGACAGCACGCAGGUGGGACGCGAGCCAGGGUCGCGCGAGUUUCAGGAGCGGCUGCGCCGCUACGGCGUCGACCCCGUGGGCGCGCGGCCCAACAGCAGCCUGCUCGAGAACAUCCUGCUCUACAAGAAAGACGAGCCGCGCCUACUUGAGCCAGUACAGGUGAUCGUUGCGAGCGACUCGACGCCCGCGCCCGACUCCAACACCUCGCCUGGCGGCUACUACUACCGCCACCCUGGCCAGCGCUAUCCGGACUCGAUGCAGCCGAGUCCGGACUCGAGCUCGGCACCGGCGCCGGCGCCGCGCCCGUCGGCGCCGCCGCCGGCGCUACCCGGCCCGCUGCCCACCUCCUCCACACCGCUGUACCCGUGCUUCCCGUCGUACCAGUACCAGUACGCACCGUACGCGAGCGAGGCGUACCCGGGGCGUGGCGACAAGUUUCCGAGCUUCGCGGCGUCGCAGCUGUCGCCGGGCGGGCUGAGCACGGCCUCGGCGGCGAGCGGCGAGUCGGGCGGCGAGCAGCGUCCGCGCGGCUUCCGCUCCCUGCCCUACCCGCUGGAGAAGAAGGACGGCAAGAUGCACUACCAGUGCAACCAGUGCCUCAAGACGUUCGGCCAGCUGAGCAACCUUAAGGUGCACCUGCGCACGCACAGCGGCGAGCGGCCCUUCAAGUGUGACGUCUGCAGCAAGAGCUUCACCCAGCUGGCGCACCUGCAGAAGCAUAACCUGGUCCACACCGGUGAGAAGCCGCACGAGUGCCAGCUCUGCAACAAGCGCUUCAGCUCCACCUCGAACUUGAAGACGCACAUGCGACUGCACUCGGGCCAGAAGCCGUACGUGUGCGACAUCUGCCCGUCGCGCUUCACGCAGUUCGUGCACCUGAAGCUACACAAGCGGCUGCACACCAACGAGCGGCCGUUCACGUGCGAGUCGUGCCACAAGCGCUACAUCAGCGCGUCGGGCCUGCGCACCCACUGGAAGUCGACCACAUGCAAGCCAACCGCCGAGCAGGAGCGGCAGCUGCGCGUUGGGCGCGAGGCCGGCGGCCGCAGCCCUGGCUCGCAGCCCAGCCUGUCGCCGCGGCCCGAGCUGGCGCUCAGUGACGUCAGCAACGACAGCGUGACGUCGGUGGUGGCCGAGGCAGCUGAGUGGGCCGGCCGCCAGUCGCCGAGCAGCUCAGUGGUGCCACCUGGCGGGCCGCCGCCGCCGCCGGCGGCGCCGCGCUACCAGCCAGCCGCGCCGCCGCCGCCGCCGCCCGCACGCCCCUCGGUCAUCGACACCUCUCAGCUGCACGUCAUCGAGUGCUCGUAGCCGGCGGCGACGCCGCUCCGCGAGCUGCGGCCGUUGAUCGCGGCCAGCUCCUGCCGCCGAUGCGACGUGGGUCGGCCGCAGAACGAGACCUUGGCUGUUUCGAUGGCGACGUUGUGUAUGUAAUAUUUCUGGUGACUCAGUUGCAAACUUCCGUGGCAUUGUACAGUAUUCUUUACACUUAAUGCUUUUACCGUGCUUAUCGUAUCGCUGUUUUCGCGUCUUGGAGGGACUGGAUAGCCAUAGGUGCAAUAUGAUGUAGAGAUCUUCGAUGUCGGGCGUAGAUUUACUUUUGAGACGCUGUCGAUUUUUCAACGAGCAUGAUUCUGUAAGCAAUAAUAUGUGUAUGCGC